AUUUAGACCAGAUCAUCAACAUUACGGACCAAGCUCAGAUUUGCCAAGUCUGCAAUGAAAAGUCAAUAUUAUUGAAGAUUUCUGUAUAAACUCAGACAGAUUUAUCAUCACACUUACCCAAAUCCAGAAUAUUUUGUAUUAUUACAAUAUACAUUCAUCAAAUCAUGUUAUCAAAUGGUUCAUUUGUUUUUAUUUCUCCUAAGCAAUUUUAUGAGAAACAUCUGAGGUUAAGUUAUAAAAUGUUACUAAAAACGUAAAACUCCAUCACAUCUCCUCUCUGAGAUAUAAAAGAGAUGCACAACGAAAUGUUCCUCUGGGUUGUAAUGCAUGACCAGCUUUUAUGUUCUUAAAGAAAGCACUAAUCUUUAUCUACUUACAGUAAAUGUAUAAUGUUUGAAUAUUGUAAAAAUGUUCAUGAAUCAGACAGGUUACGUUUUUCGUUCAGCUAGGUCAAUUCAAUCAAGAUCUACAUGAUCGAUGUCAUGUCUCCCAAACUGAAAGUGACGAUUAUUACAAUACGAUAAUCGAUAAGACGACAAUCAACUGAUCUCAUGUACACAGACGGAUGAUCAUGUAGAGACGUCACUGCUGGAGAGGCGAUGUCACCUUUUGACGUGAACACGUAAGAGGGCAGACAUCCUCAGUUUCAAUAAAAGGCGUCCGAUUCAUGAGUCGCUUCAGAGAACCAGGAGCUACAAGAAGGGAUUUAUUACUGUGUUAUUUAUUCCCUAAAGAAGAAACUGAUACUCAGGAUGCAAAAGUGUAUCGGCGGAGUGUGUGUGUCUCUUAUUUUUUGCGCCCUUCUCACGGAGACAAUCGGAAUGGUCAUUGCGGCAAAAGAGAAGAGAGGAUGGACGCUCAACAGCGCCGGUUAUCUCCUCGGUCCUCGUCGUAUUGAUCACCUUAUACAGAUUAAGGAUUCUCCCAGUGCAAGGGGGAGAGAAGAUCUACUUGGUCAAUAUGCCAUAGAUAAUCACAGGAGCCUUAGCGACAAGCAUGGACUUGCGGGCAAGAGAGAAAUGCCCAUGGAAGAGGAUUUCAAGACAGGGGCCCUGAGAAUAUCAGAUGAGGACGUUGUCCAUACCAUCAUAGACUUUCUUUCUUAUCUCAAAUUAAAAGAAAUCGGGGCUUUGGACAGUCUGCCUUCCUCUUUCACAUCCGAGGAGAUCAGUCAACCCUAACUUUGACCAAAUUCUGCAUUCACACAACCUGCACCCGGCUGAACACUGUCUUUUGUUCCUAGUCUUCUUCAAUGCACUGUCCUUACCUGCUGAUAUAACCACGUAACUUUAAUAGUAUAAUUUAAAGACUGAUGUUGAGAUGGAUUCAGAAAUAAAAUUCAUAAAUGGCA